AUGAAAUUCGCAACCCUUCUAACAUUCGUCGUUCUGGCUGUAGCUUUCGCUAAGCCCUCAAUUAGGAAACAUUCAGACUCCAGCAGUGACGAGAACUCCAAGCACAAGCCUCACCACAAACAUCAUGGACAUCAUCAUCGUCGCAGUACUCCACCAGCUCCGAUCACCGACGAAAGCGCCACUGCUUCCAUUGAAAGUGAAGAGACAACACGGCAUGACGUCACGGUAGCGCCCACAGAAGCUGUUAUGACGAGCGCUACCAGCAACAAUGUGACUGCAGAAGAACACACUACAACUUCAGAGUACGCAACAAGUGAAGCCAUUACCGUACUGGAACAGCUGCUCUAA